UUUUUCUUAUUAGAAAACAAGUUGAUCUCGAGAAGAGAAGUUGUGAAAAAAAAGUUCAAUCUCCAAAUUAAAAAUAUUCUUCAUAAAGUACAAAUUUCUAGUGAAGAAAUACAUUUAAAGUCAAACACAUUCAGUGAUAUUACAUUUAAUCAUAGAUAAUUGCAUAAUCAAUGAGUACUGAAGAGAAACAACAAUUCGACGAAUACGAAAAAUAUGAAUUUGAACACGAUAAGCACAUGUUUUCUGGACAUUCAGGAAAACAAAGAACAAAAACUGAAGCUGCCAAGCAUACCAACCACAACGAUCCUUGUGGACAUUCAAGAAAAAUUCUAACAAAGCUUCAAAAUACGGAGAACAAUAAGAAAAAGGAAAAUGCCCCAGCAGCAAAAAAUUAA